AUGAACGCCACAGAAACAAGCCCAGGAGGCUUUAUGGGCUCUGGGAACAUCGGUGGAUUAGGGUACGGUAUCGGUGUAUCAGUCGGAAUCCUCAUCCUAAUUACCACCAUUACUCUCGCUUCAUACUAUUGCACCAGAAGGUCAGCGACAGUGGUUGCACCGCUUCAGAGAAACCCUCAACAGGACCCGGCUGAUCCACAACACCUAGUCGUAGAAGUCGGGCUUGACGAGGCAACGCUUUUGAGUUAUCCAGAGAUGUUAUACUCAGAAGCUAAGGUCAAGAACAACGACUCCACGGGCAGUUGCUGUUCCAUUUGCUUGGCGGAUUACAAGAACACCGAUAUGCUGAGGCUGCUGCCGGAUUGCGGGCACCUAUUUCAUCUCAAGUGUGUGGAUCCGUGGCUGCGGCAGCAUCCCACUUGCCCGGUGUGUAGAACUUCUCCGUUGCCGACGCCGCUCUCAACUCCUCUGGCGGAGGUGGCUCCCCUCGCAACCAGGCCCAUUGGAUAA